ACAGUCUACACAGAUCGCUUUGGAGAUGGAUGUCCCAUUUGUCUUCUUCUUUCCUCUUCAUUAUUUCUAAGAGAUUCUUCAGAUCUGGACUGAAGUCACGCUGAAAAGUGCCUUUUUAUUAGUUAAGUCCCUUAGAGGUUAUAGAAUUGUUGUAAGCCAUGGAUGUAGACAACAAGUUCUUCAAUGUGGCCCUCCUCAUUGUGGCUACAGUGGUAGUGGCCAAGCUAAUCUCUGCGCUUGUGAUUCCUAAAUCUAGAAAGCGCCUUCCUCCUACCGUUAAGACAUUUCCAGUGAUUGGAGGACUUCUCCGGUUCUUGAAAGGCCCGGUGGUGAUGCUCCGAGAAGAGUAUCCGAAGCUUGGGAGUGUGUUCACCCUGAAUUUGUUGAAUAAGAACAUCACUUUCUUCAUUGGACCGGAGGUCUCAGCGCACUUCUUCAAGGCGCCAGAGGCUGAUCUCAGUCAGCAAGAGGUUUACCAGUUCAAUGUUCCUACUUUUGGCCCCGGAGUUGUUUUCGAUGUUGAUUAUUCGGUGAGGCAAGAGCAGUUCCGGUUCUUUACAGAGUCUCUGAGAGUAACCAAAUUGAAGGGAUACGUGGAUCAGAUGGUAACGGAAACCGAAGCUUACUUCUCAAAGUGGGGAGAUAGUGGUGAAGUGGACCUUAAAUACGAGCUAGAGCAUUUAAUCAUCUUAACAGCCAGUAGAUGCCUCUUGGGUCAAGAAGUUCGUGAUAAGCUAUUCGCUGAUGUGUCUGCCCUCUUCCAUGACCUUGAUAACGGCAUGCUCCCUAUCAGCGUUAUCUUCCCAUACCUGCCCAUCCCAGCCCACCGCCGCCGCGACCAGGCCCGCACGAAGCUUGCUCACAUAUUUGCAAACAUUAUUGCUUCCCGUAGAGAGACUGGCAAGUCAGAGAAUGACAUGUUACAGUGCUUUAUGGACUCCAAAUACAAAGAUGGUCGCCCAACAACCGAAGCUGAGGUCACUGGCCUGCUCAUUGCUGCUUUGUUCGCUGGGCAGCAUACCAGUUCCAUCACCUCCACAUGGACCGGUGCGUAUCUCUUCCGUCACAAGGAAUUCCUUUCUGCUGUGUUGGAUGAGCAGAAGAACCUGAUGAAAAAACAUGGGAACAAGGUUGAUCACGAUAUCUUGUCUGAGAUGGACGUCUUGUACCGAUGCAUCAAGGAAGCUCUGAGACUCCACCCUCCCCUGAUAAUGCUGCUACGUAGCUCACACAGUGAUUUCAGUGUGACAACCAAGGAUGGGAAAGAAUACGACAUUCCAAAGGGCCACAUUGUUGCCACAUCCCCAGCAUUUGCCAAUCGGCUCCCGCAUAUCUACAAGGACCCAGACAGGUAUGAUCCCGACAGAUUUGCAGUUGGGAGAGAAGAAGACAAGGUAGCAGGGGCAUUCUCAUAUAUAUCUUUUGGAGGUGGCCGGCAUGGGUGUCUAGGGGAACCCUUUGCAUAUCUGCAAAUAAAGGCAAUAUGGAGCCAUCUGCUGAGGAAUUUUGAGUUUGAACUGAUAUCACCUUUUCCCGAGAUCGACUGGAAUGCCAUGGUUGUGGGGGUGAAGGGACAGGUCAUGGUGAGGUACAAGCGCCGAGUACUUCCUGUUGACUAACUGGGCUAUCUUUCCUAACCCAUUUUCAUGAACUGCCAGAUUCGAACUCAGUACCUUUUCUCCAGGUUUUGCUAUUGUGAACCUCAUCAGUACUACUCUCAUUCCUUUAAUCCAUCCGUGUUUCGAGAGCUCUUUGUACUGCUUUCUUGGAUUGUGAUCGUUGUUGUUUGUCCCAGAAUUAGGCGUUUGCCUUAGCUUUUGUCUAUUCAUGUCAACUGUAGUUUGUAGCAGAAUUUUGGUUUCAUUCCCUUUUUAAUUGCCCAUGAAAUUUGAAAUCUAAUGUUGAUGAUUUAAUUUUAUCUGCUA